AAAUCCAAAACAGAGGGAGUAUUAUUUACCUAUCAGCCCAAAACUUUGCUUCUUUUACACUAAAGUAAAGUGAAUGUAUAGAUAUUGUUUAGGGUUCCACUUAAAUCCCAUUAACUGGGAGUCUCUGCCGCCCGCCGCCUUCCUCUUCGUCAGCCAUGGCACAAGAAAUGGGCAUGUUUACAGUGCAUCAUACAGUUGGAAAUGUUUUAUGUUGCAAAUGUGGUAUAAGUAUGCAACCAAAUGCUGCGAAUAUGUGUGCCAACUGCUUGAGGUCUGAAGUUGACAUAACAGAAGGUCUCCAGAAGCAUGUUAUCAUAUGCCAUUGCCCUGAAUGUGAUAGAUAUUUGCAGCCUCCGAGGACUUGGAUUAAAGCCCAAUUAGAAUCAAAGGAGCUAUUGACAUUCUGUGUGAAGAGGUUGAAGAAUUUGAAUAAAAUUCGUUUAGUGCAGGCAGAGUUCAUUUGGACUGAACCUCACUCCAAGCGAAUCAAAGUCAAGUUGAAGGUUCAGAAAGAGGUUCUUCAUGGAGCUAUCCUUGAGCAGGCUUACACAGUUGAAUAUGUUGUCCAAGACCAAAUGUGUGAAGCUUGUACUAGGGUUCAAGCUAAUCCUGAUCAGUGGGUGGCUGCAGUGCAACUAAGACAGCAUGUUUCUCACAGGCGAACCUUCUUCUAUUUGGAACAGCUUAUUCUUAAGCAUGAUGCUGCUGCUCGUGCUAUAAUGAUUAAGCAAAUGGAUCAAGGAAUUGAUAUGUUCUUCUCUAAUCGGAGUCAUGCUGUAAAAUUUGUGGAGUUCAUAUCUAAAGUUGUUCCCAGUCGUAGCCGUAAUGACAAACAACUAGUGUCUCAUGAUGUUAAGAGCAGCCUUUACAACUAUAAGUAUACUUUUUCAGUUGAAAUUUGCCCAGUUUGUCGUGAGGACCUGAUUUGUCUUCCACCAAAAGUUGCAAAUAGUUUGGGGAAUCUAGGGCCACUUGUGAUCUGCACCAAGGUGAGUAACAACAUUGCUUUACUUGACCCAUUUACUCUCAGGAACUGUUUUCUGGAUGCGGAACAGUAUUGGAGGUCGUCUUUUAAGUCCCUACUUUCUAGUAGGCAACUUGUGGAAUAUAUAGUUCUAGAUGUUGAGGCUGUUUCUUCUGCGGUGAAUAUUGGUGGAUCUAAGUAUACUUUGGCAGAUGCCCAAGUAGCUCGUGUGUCUGAUUUUGGGAAGAAUGAUACAAUUUUCAACGUACGAACCCAUCUCGGGCAUCUUCUAAAUCCUGGGGAUUAUGCACUUGGGUAUGACUUAUAUGCUGCUAAUAGUAAUGACAGUGAGCUGGACAAGUAUAAAGGCUUUGUUCUCCCAGAUGUGAUACUGGUUAAGAAGAGCUAUGAAGAAAAAUGGCAGAAGAAGCGUGGGAAGUCUCGUUCAUGGAAGCUGAAAUCUCUCAAUAUGGAGAUUGAUGAAAAUGUAAAGGGUAGAGAUCAUGAAGAGAAGAAUAGCUCUGAGUAUGAACAAUUCUUGAGAGAUUUAGAGGAGAAUCCAGAUUUGAGAUUCAACAUAUCCCUUUAUCGCAACAAGGAGUAUCAGCCAUCAGAAAUGGCAUCUGUGACUGAUGGCGAUGAUGCCCCCCCUUCUGUCCCGUUGGAGGAAUUGUUAGCUGAUCUUGAUUUAAGUGAGGUGGAAGCUGACGACAAUGAUAGCAUGAUGGAGUGAGUCGAAUACUUGAACAUGCACUUACUUUAUUGGACACUGAAAUCUUAGAUGAAUUUCACAUGUGAGACCUGCUGCUGCUCACCCUUUGCCCUUUUCUACAGUAUUUACAUGCUGCUGCUGCACCCGUUGCCCUUUUCUACAGUAUUUAUGAUUUCCUGCUUUUCGUGGUUUGUUAUUCUUUGUAAAGCGCAAAGAAUCAGUUUUGUUUGGAGUAAUCAGGUCCCGAUCCUGCAGUUGUGAUAGUGCUCAUACAUGUUUCUUCCUGUUUUAUUCAGUUUGAUUGUAAACACACAUACAGGGACAACCAUGUUUUCCUGAGUAACAGUGAAGCCACUGCUUCUUGAUAGAAGAACACGUUUUUAAAAGUCGGAAAAAUGCAGUCAUAAUUUUUUUUGUUCUUUUUAUGAUGUGGAUCUA